AAUUAUGAAGUCACUGCUAAGAAAUUUCAGGAACAACGUGAAGCUCUUUUAAAAGACUUUGAACAGGGUGUUGAGACUGGUCACAAGGUGCUAUCUGGAAUUUUUGGACGUUUGUUUCUAAAAGAAGCUCGGGGAUUGAUAUCGGAAACUUUAGCAUUGAAGAAACAAGAUGCUUUUUUGCAAUCAAUAGAUAAGGGAAAGACAGAGAUUGUGAAAAAAAAGAAAAUAGAUAAAGAUGCUGGUAAUAGUGCAUCACAACCUGUGGACAAUUCUAUUUCAACUGAAGUUUCAAAAAAGAGCAAAAAGAAAAAGCGAAAGAGUGUACCUACAUCUUCAUCUAGUGAUAAUCAACCAGUUACUAUACAGCAUGAUAAUUUAAUGUCGUCACAAGAACCUGAACCUCAAUCGAAUGAUCCUUCUACAUCACAAGAUUCUUGCCAUGCUGAAGAACAAAAAACUUUAAUAGACACGAUGACAGACGAUAAUUUAAACAAUAAUACAAAUUUCACUCAGUCUAUAAACUUGGAAAGCACAGUCAAACCUCCAAUCUUAGAUUCAUCGCAAGUUUUCCAAGAACCACAAACUACGUAUCCAGAUGAAUUUCAAGACAAUGGUUUGAACAAUAAUAAUAAGUCUUUCGACGGGGAAAAUAUGGCAAAGUCUCCAGUUUUAGAUUCAUCGCAAGAUCUUUCAGUACCUCGUCCACACGAAUUUCAAGAACCUCCCCAGCGUCGUAUUUCUACACCACCUGGCCUUAAUACGAACACGAACACAUUGCGAUUGAAUCAGUGCCCUAUUACCAAAGGGAAUUCAACACCCGAAGGUUUUAUGGACCUCGAUAAUUUUAGUAGAGCAGAUUUAAUCUUACUUGUUCAAAAUCUAUUAAGCGAAAAAACACAAUUGGUUAAAACUCUUGUUUCUAUGCAGCAAGAAGUAAAGGCUGUUACGGAUCGUUACACUAAUUUGGUGGAGAUGAGCAGAGAACGAGAAUUUCAAACUUUUCAAUUAUUUGAAGCACACAAAAAACUAGAAAUGGAUGAAGCAACAAAGUAUAUUCAAAAGCUGGAAGCGCGAAUUAGUCAACUAGAAAAAAAUAAAGUUAGAGGUAUUAACGGAGAAUAUGUAGAUCCAUGGCGUAGUCAUAUCGCCGGAUCUCGAUCAAACGUGAGGUGUGGAAAUUGUGGUGGUCAAAAUCAUAUAAGUCAGGAAUGUAUUACAGGAUGUCGUUAUUGUGGUGAUCUUGGACAUUUGAGCGAACUUUGUAGUUCAUCGAUGAAUGGCACUAAUCUGGAAAGUGAUAGAUUUUGUAAGGAUAAUGCAUGUCCUCCAAAUCUGAAUAAAAAUGAGGAUGUGAUAAGACAAAAUGGGCCACAAUUAUUUUAA